UGUUUGUGUGUGUGUGUGUUGAGAAAAUGGUCGAGCCAUCGGUGUUCGACGAAAAAUUAUUAUUUCGCGAGUGUUCCAAUUAUUAUCUCCAUUGAGUCUUCGUAUUUUAUUAAUCAAGAAAACUAAAGCUCUGCCUAUUCCACUAAUUUUAAGACGGCAUUAACAACUUGAAAAAAAGUGAUAAAUAGUUUUUAUUUCACUAGCAGACGACGUUCGUUUUUAAUGGUGACUUAUCGGCUGGAGGGAAAGGGGGCAAAAGUCACCCCCUUGGAAUAGCUGACCCUUUGCUUGAACGCAAUGAUGGCUGCCUAACACGGGGCGCGUACCAAGAAUUUUCUUCAAUAUAAACUCUUCUUUAGGUUACGAAUAGUAAAAAAAAAUUGUAUAUACAUAUAUAUAUUUAUUUUUGUGAGUGGGCUACUGGGCGUGUCAAGUGUGUCCUCUUGUCGCGAGAUCAAACUCGCGGAUUUUUGAAUUAGUGCUGCACAAUCGUUGUCGAGAACCAUGGCAACCGCAUUAAGGGGUUGGUUCCAUUUUCUAGGCAUCCGAAUCAUCCGGAAAAACUCAUCUCGAGACAUGUAGGCGAUGAAAGCACGGAUCAGAAUAAUAACAUCACCAUGACGAGUGAAAAUCUUCUGCAACCCGGCCAUGUGGUUAAAGAAAGAUGGAAAGUGACGAAAAAAAUUGGCGGUGGUGGAUUUGGGGAAAUCUAUGAAGGCCUAGAUUUAGUCUCAAAAGAAAAUGUUGCACUUAAAGUGGAAUCUGCUCGUCAACCAAAGCAAGUGCUUAAAAUGGAAGUGGCCGUACUUAAAAAACUUCAAGGUAAAGAAAAUGUCUGUAGAUUUAUAGGCUGUGGAAGGAACGAUAGAUUCAAUUAUGUAGUAAUGCAACUUCAAGGAAAAAAUUUGGCAGAAUUGCGACGUGCGCAACCGAGAGGUUCCUUUUCUCUAUCCACGACAUUACGACUCGGGAUUCAAAUUUUAAGAGCAAUAGAAAAUAUACAUCAAGUUGGCUUCCUUCACAGAGACAUUAAGCCAUCGAAUUUUUCAAUCGGUCGCCAGUCCAACAAUUGCAGAUUAGUUUACAUGCUGGAUUUUGGAUUGGCUCGUCAAUUUACAACGGGUAACGGGGAGGUUCGACCUCCUCGAGCUGCAGCAGGAUUCAGAGGUACCGUCCGGUAUGCGUCCAUCAAUGCUCACAAGAACAAAGAAAUGGGGCGACACGACGAUUUGUGGUCUCUUUUUUAUAUGUUGAUAGAAUUCGUUAAUGGGUCACUUCCUUGGCGCAAACUCAAAGACAAGGAACAAGUAGGAUUAUUGAAAGAAAAAUAUGAUUAUCGAUUGCUGCUGAAGCAUCUUCCUUCGGAUUUCCGUCUUUUCUUAGAGCACAUUCAGAGUUUGAGUUACGCGGAUAAACCGGAUUAUGCAAUGUUGAGUGGCUUACUCGAGAGAUGUAUGAGACGUCGAGGUGUGAAGAUGGGCGACCCUUACGACUGGGAAAGACCUAUAAUUGUUAAUGAAGGUUUACCAACCACCAGAUCGUUACCUACAGUUCCACUUCCACCGACUCAUACAACAGCCACGACUAUUAAUCAAUUGCAAACCACACCAAAUGUAGAUACGAAUAAUCAAGAAAAUGUCGAGCCCGACAACAGAAAAGAAUUAGAUGCUCAAUUGGAUUAUGAAAAUAUAUGCAGGAGAAUUCGACAGUGUACAGUAGAAGGAUCGACGAUUCCGUUAACAGCAGCAAUUAGCAAUCAUGGCCGGGAUAAAAAUUGCAAUGCUACGUUACCUGUUACGGACAACACAAAUCCCCAGGGAGGACAGGUCGCUGCUUCACUACCUGUGCAAGUUUCUCCGAAGAAGAGACGUGCAGUGUCGAUGGCAGUUGAACCGCAGUGUCAAGCUCCCCAGGUGGAAAAGCAAAUUGACACCGAAGCGGAUGAAAUGGUUGCGUCUGCACGUUCAGCAUCAGAAGUACCACGUAAUAAAUCAAAUACGAAUGUUUCUGUGCCUCUUCGAAAGUCAGCGAGCGGUGCAACUUUUGCGCGUUUAAGAGUCGUUGCUGCACCAGAACAAACAACUGGUGAACCUCCAAGUCCCCGAAUACAGACUGAUGUUGAUGCCUCGUAUUGUUCGUACGAUGUGACAAAUGCAAAAAAUGUCGGCAAUCAGAGUCCGGUAACAGAGCAGAGGGAGCCUUUGAGGAGAGAACCGAAAAAGAGAGUUGAUGGACGUCAUCAGUCACGAAGUGGUCGUUCAGCAUUCAGAGAUUGUUCCAUUACUCAAUUCGCACAAAUAGAUGAUGAUAACGUCUCAGCCUUACAACAAGUCACAAAAGGAGGUGGAGGAUUGACAUUGGCGUCACAGUGGAAGUCGCAGUUUGACGAUUCCGAGGAGACAGACAAUGAAUGGAAAGGAGACAAUCUACAAAGUCCGGAACAUAAAGGAGGUCACCCACCAUCCAUUGUGCCGCAUACUACAACAACUGGUAAUGAAGCGGUGGCAGCAACGACAUCGACACCGGUUUCACAAGAGGGGAAGGUGCAAGUGUCCGUAUUGCCGACAUCUUCCCAGCAACAAAGUUUAUCGGCUGUUCAAACUGCGCUCUCACGAAUAAAUGAGGAUUCUCCACAUGCUGCUGGUCGGCACAGGUGUUUGAAUAUUGCCGGAAUUGAAAAAUAUCCGGAAUUACAGAGAGCAUUACCGAGGGCAUGGAGUGUGCCGGCGCUGGCGCCGCACGUCCGGGAUUAUCUAGAAGCUCCUCUGGUUCAACAGGCUGCAUUUGAUGAUUUAUUGUACGAAGUCGAUGUCAUGAGGAAUAUCGCAACACGACACGAUGAACCAAGGGAAAGUCCACCACGUAGGCGUGCGAGUGUUCCUGCAGUUACGUUUUCUCCAACAAAUACCGUUCCAACAACACCAGCUGGAGAUGAGGAAGAAGAAGCAGUUGCUGGAAGACUUGAAAUAAGAGUUGUCGAUGGGACCGGAGGUGCUACUGUCGUUCAAACCAGCGCCGAUAAAGAACCUUUGCAAAGUAAAAAAUUAACUAAUGGCACUGUUGGAAGUCCAGCGAGUCCUAAUGCUGGUCAGCAAGAUUCUUCCGUCUAUUAUGACACUACUGAAAAUCGUGUUUGCGCGAAUAAUAUGCCAAAUAAAAAUCCAGUGACUACCACAGCGACGACCACUGUACCAUCGAGUGUUCAGCUUCGGGAACACAAGGACAAGGAUCGAGAGAAUUCGUACAGGCCACAUAGUACGUACAGUAAAAUACCAGUUCCAGUGAAGAGUCCCCGAUGUUCGUUGUCUGAAUCGACACCCGAGACGAAUACAACUACCACGAGAACAGGAACAACCACUGGAAGCGAACCUGCGGCUCAGAAUUCUCAAUCAAAAGACUCAGUCACUAAAGGCAAGCCAUUGACAAUUCAUGCGGAAGCACCGGCGCUAAGACGUUGCGCUACAUUACCCGACGCUAGGCCGAACGUAGCGCCGUUAACUUCAACAAGUUCAACUGAAGACGAGAAUUUAACUGGCUGCACACCGGCUCUGCGUCGUCGCAGGCUAAGCGAAAAAUACGUGACCGACGCAAGUCAGCUUAACUUGCGUUUCCAAAAACCGCAAGGUAGAACAAGACCAAUAUCUGAGGUAAUAUCUAGAUGGUAUCCGAGAGGUGUACCUUCUCAUCUUCUAGGAGAAGCUGGCAAGAGAACCGAAGAGAGCAGUGACAAUGACUCCAAUAGCAGUGGAGCCGCCAAUUCUCAACCUCCACCGCCGCCUUCAUCUUUGCCACCUCACAUCGGAGAGAACAAUGCAAGAUGUCGCAGAUUUAGACCGAUGCCUGAAAGUACAGUGAUUGGACGUGAAACGUGAGGCUGCGACAUUGAAUUAUGUGGGAAAAGUUUGAUUCAACUCGAGUGACGAGAAUUAUUGAACUACAACCAACUAGGAAUGUGAUACCUUUUUGGAUCAAAUUAGUACGCAAACCUUUCUAGUUAAAACCAAUGGACAGUCCUUUAAAGAAUAUUGAAGACUUUUUCGUGAAGGGAAAACGCGUUAUUCCCUUGUACGUAUGACGUUUAAAAAAAGAGCGAAAAAACUGAUGGAAAAAUAACUGAUAAAAAGUGAAGACGUGAUUCACAUUAAUUUUUAAGAUUUCUCAAGGGAUUUUUAUCAAUAGGUAUGUACGAUCCUAUCCAAUUGUUUUUUUUUUACAUAUAUAUAUUUUAUUUUGAAGAAGAAGACAUUUUUUCAAUUUUUAACGUAUCCACAUUUUUAUUUACAAAAUACGUUAAAUCAAGAUCGUACAAAAUUUUUUCUCUUCAGUGUACAAUCAGUGAAAAAUACGACUUCCUAGUCUUCAACUUGCUUUUUUAAAGACAAGUUAAUAAAAAAAAAUCUUAACUAGAAUUUUUAAUCAAUAAAUGAUUAAAGACCGUAAAAUGAAAAAUUACGGUCACAUGUAAUUGAUCUCAGUUAUUCUAUAAUAUAUAUUAUAUUAUCAUACUCGUGAUUCAAUUAAUCUAAACAAUAAUGUGUGCUUUUGUAAACGCGACAUUGCACUUUAUAAACGUGACUGCACUAAUGUAUCCUUUGUAUUUUAGAUGGAGACAAUAUUUGUAGUGAAAUAAAAAAAAGAAUCUUAUUUAUAAAUUAUUUCUUAAUUCCGCUUGUGAUAUUUUUCUAUCUAGAAAAAUUGUAAGCACAAUUUUUAUUAUUUUGAGGAGAAAAAAAGUAUAAUUGUGACAAAAAUUAUAUUGCUCACGAUAAAAAUUUUUCAAACUGCUUGUACACUGAAAUUGAAAGAAAAAGAAGAAAAAAAUUAAAAAAAAGAAAUGUCAUUUCAAAAAAGUAAUUUCAAAUUAUAUCUUUUGUUUUUUCUGUUAAAAAAAAUUUAUAUAAUAUAUAUAAAUAUAUCCCCGUCUCGUUUGUGUUCUUCGAGAAAAUUUAUGGGAACCAACGAGCAUUGCUGAUCUCCAGACGCGAAUAUUUAUUUAUUAUUUUCUAUAUUCCAAAAGAAUAUAAAUAAGUACCGAAUUUACAAAAAAAAAAAAAAAAUAAAUAAACGGUUACUGUACAGAUAGGUGAAUUUACAGGAUAUCUAAAUUCUAUUGUUGAUGGAAAAAUUAAAUUAAAAAUUAACUUAGAUGAUAAUUUUUAUGUAGUUUUGUCGAAUUGGGGGCGAGUGUGCUAAUCUCUGCCAAAAAAGAAAAACAAUAUCAUCAACAGAAUGCAACAAUUUUCCCGUAGAGAAAAUUUUAGAAUAACUCAAAUAAACUGUAAUGAAUUACAAGAGGAUGAUAACAAAAAAUAACUAUGUACGAUAAUUCUUGAAAAAAAGAAAAAUUUGUAAAAACAACGAAUUGUUACACAAAGGAGAAAAUUCUCUUUAAAAAAAAAUUUAUGCACACUAGCAGCCCUUUAAAUGACUCUGAAGAUAUAAUCAGUGGGCAAAAUGGAUAAUUAUGUUCCGUCAUAUAAAAAAGAAAUGCUGGUUUUCGAGUAUUUAUAAUUAUUGUAUAAUGUAAUUCGGUAAAUUCAGUGAUAUUUAAGACUAGUCAGCUAGAUUCCCGUACAUUACAUAAUCUUAUUAAUAAAGUGAAAAAGUGGAGUAGAGAGGAAAAAUAAAAAAACUAGUCACUUUGCUGCAGAUGCGCGGGGCAUGGCCCAAAAAAUUCUAUUUUCUUUUAAUUCUAAUUUUAUAAUAGACACUUUUUUUUUUGUUUUCGAAUUUGUUUCUUCGACUGCCGCACCGAUGCGUAAAAUAUGUAAAAAAAAACCAGCUGACUUGCUAAAAGACUAUUUAAGCAUUGUAAUUUUUUUCUCUCUCUAAACUUUUAGAAUUCAGAGUUUCGAAUACAGUUGCGAAGAAAAUUUUCCUUUUUUUUGUUUUAGAAAAAGGGCUUUUUAGUAUUUUUUUUGUUCAUUUUGUCUUUUUGACAAAUUAUUUUUUUAGUACUAUUUUUAUUUUUUAUUUUUAGAAAUCUUUUUUUGAGAUCUAUUCAAAUCUCUUUUGAAAUUUGUUUUUAUCUAUAAAAUUUCUCCCACGAAAAUUGAUUUUAUUUUUUUUUUUUUGUUUUUCACUGUUCCUUUUUGAACUCUGAUUUCCAAAAGUUUAAGUGCCAUUGAAAAUGCUUCACGAGUCGUCGAUUAAUUUAUUUUGUUUGUAAACAGAUUUCUCUCGCAAAAAAAUUAAAAUAUUUGCGAUUUAUAAUAUUUUAUUGUGCAAUAUUUUUUUUUAUCAAUUUUUUUUUCUAUCAAUAUUAUUUUUUGAAACAAAAAAAUUUAUUUUAUUUAUUUUUUUCACUUGAUGAAAAGUAUGAAAGCGAUAUUCUUUCAUCAGUAUUAGAAUAGUUUUUUUUUUUUUUAAAUUAGUGCAAUAAUUAACACAGAAAUAUUGUGGACAAAUGGAACUAUUUCUAAUGUACUAUAUGCCAAAUUAUUAAAUAUUUAUAUUACAAAACAACUAAUAAUUAAUUAGCGACUAAAGGCAGUAUUGUUAUGAAAAGAGUUAUCACAUAAUUAUGAAUUAGCAAUUCGCUUUUAUGGAGACUUUUCACAAACCGUGCAAUCAAUACUUGCAAAUUAUAAAUUAUAUAGAGAAUAUACUUAAAGUAAUUCCACCUGUGAUCUGAUUUUUUUCCCUUGUAAAAAAAAUUUUAUGGCAGCUUCUUUAUUUAUAAGAUUUUGAAAAAACUAAAAAAAACUAGAUUAUUUUAAUUAUUUAUUCUGUUUAAUAUAUUUAAA